CAGAUCCGUUAGUUAAUGGCGGCCUCUUCUACCAAUCGUCGAUCAGAAGUCUGUUCCUGCCGCCCAAUAGUGGUACGCUGGAGGGUGGGUCUAGCAGUUGCGCAGUUACAGAGUGCUCUGGCGCUCCUCAUUGGCUGGAUCAAACCCAAGCGAGCCGCUGAUUGGCUGGUGCCGCCGGAGGGUUACAAUUCAAACGCGGGCGGGCGGGCCCCCAGCCCUGCAGUUGCAGUUGUGCUCUCCGAGUUCCUGUCUCCCUGCCUGCGCCGCCCGGAUGGCUUCCCAGAACCGCGACCCAGCCGCCGCCAGCGUCGCCGCCGCCCGCAAAGGAGCCGAGCCCAGCGGGGGCGCUGCCCGGGGCCCCGUGGGCAAGAGAUGUCUGGUGACAAAGGAAUUUCUGCCUUCCCUGAAUCCGACAACCUUUUCAAAUGGGUGGGGACCAUCCAUGGAGCAGCUGGCACAGUAUACGAGGACCUGAGGUAUAAACUCUCCCUGGAGUUCCCCAGUGGCUACCCUUACAAUGCGCCCACGGUCAAGUUCCUCACGCCCUGCUACCACCCCAACGUGGACACCCAGGGUAACAUCUGCUUGGACAUCCUGAAGGACAAGUGGUCUGCCUUGUAUGAUGUCAGGACCAUCCUGCUGUCCAUCCAGAGCCUGCUAGGAGAACCUAACAUCGAUAGCCCUUUGAACACACAUGCUGCUGAGCUCUGGAAAAACCCCACAGCAUUCAAGAAGUAUCUGCAAGAAACCUACUCAAAGCAGGUCUCCAGCCAAGAACCCUGACUGUCUAGCCUCUUUCCUUGUAUUGUCUUUUUAUUUUCUCCUUAGAUGGUCUGUCCUUUCCUUCAUUUCUGCCUAGGACUCUGUAUCUUAAACUGUGGUGUUAUUUUUGUUUUGUUUCUGUUUUUUAAAUUAAGUGUCUGGUUGAGCCCUUGUGAUGAAUAUAUUAAAUAAAUACAUUGGUUGG